AUGGCUGAUACAUCAAUGACUGAUAACCAUUCGACUGAUCAGAAUAAUAAUAACGACGACAAGACAAACGUUACUGAUAAUAGUGACGAAAAAAUUGAUGGAAUUGAAAAUGAAUUAGAAGAAUCAAUGCAAAAUUCUUAUGACAAAUUUGCAGAUACACCAAAUAAUGUUUCAAAUGGUGUUAAACGACAUAAAAAUCGAUUUUGUUCAUCAUCAAUGAAUCAACUUGGCGGUGAAUUUAUUAAUGGUCGACCAUUACCAACUGAUACACGUGAACGAAUAGUUGCAUUAGCUGAAAAUGGUGUACGUCCAUGUGAAAUAAGUCGUCAACUUCAAGUGUCACAUGGUUGUGUUAGCAAAAUAUUAAAAAGAUAUCGUUUAUUUGGUACAACACAUCCAGGUUUAAUUGGUGGUUCGAAACCAAAAGUUGCAACACCCGAUGUUGUACGACGUAUACGAGAAUAUAAAGGAAAUAAUCCUCAAAUAUUUGCUUGGCAAAUUCGUGAAAGUCUUCAAAAAGAAGGUAUUUGUCCAGCAGAUAAACUACCAAGUGUAUCAUCAAUCAAUCGAAUUGUGCGUAGUAAUCGACGAAUUGUUUUUAAUAAUGAUGGUAGUAUAACUGAACUUGAUUCAGAUUUUGAUUCACGUGACGGUAGUGAUAAUGAGAAUGAAGAUUCAGUAAAAUAUGAUGCCAAUCAUGUUUCAUCAUCACCAUCAUCAUCUGUUAGUUCAUCAUCACCUCGUUCAACUAAUAUUCGUCAUCGUGGCGAUUGCCGUUGUGAUGUUUGUAUAAAAAAAUAUAAAUUUGCUCCAUCAUUACAUAAUUUAAGCAAAACUUCGUUGGUUAAAUCAACAAUAACCGAUAAUACCGAUAUUCACACCAAUGAGAAUGAUUCGAACAGUAUGUCUAAUGAUGAUCCAACUAAACAAAUAAUAACAACAACAAUACCACCACCAGCAACACAUUGCAGUUUAAAUAUUCCAUUAAUAAAUGAUGAUAUUAAACCAUUAGAUCUUUCAAUUUCAUCGAAACAACAAUAUGAACAACCGUUAAAUUUAUGUUCAAAACGUAAACGGCAUCAAUCUGUUAGUUUAUCAGCAUCUAAACGAAACAAUAAUACAUCAGUAUCAGUGACAAAUCCAGCUACUGCUGCAACUACAACUACUACUGCUACUGCUGCUGCUGCCGCCGCUGCAGCUGCAGCUGCAUCAUCCAUGUUUAUCCCGUUUUAUGCUAUUUCACCAUUUUUUGAUGCUACUACAGGCAAUCAACAAGAACUUUUUCAACAAUUUCAAGCAUUUUAUUUACAAUUACAACAACAGCAACAAAAAUUAACGAAUGAAACAACUACCAAUAAUAAUUAA